AUGGUUAAUGGUUCACGAGUUGCUAUUAUCGGUGCGGGCUCUGUUGGUGCUUCUAUUGCCUUCGCUCUGCUUCUGCAAAAGAUUUCCUCUGAGAUUCUUUUGGUUGAUAUUGUUUCUGAAACUGUUGAAGGACAAGUACUAGACCUUUCAGAUGCAAACUUCAUUUCUUCCACUCAAGUUCGCGGUGGCACUUUUCAGGAGGCUGGACAAUGCGACAUCGUGGUUAUUACUGCUGGUGCUAAACAGAAAUCUGGUGAAUCAAGAGUUGAACUAAUUGAAAGAAAUUAUAAAAUUUUGGAUUAUGUGAUAGGAUCUAUGAAACCAUUUAAUCCUAAUAUAAUUUUAUUAAUAGUUGCAAACCCUGUAGAUGUAUUGACUCGAAUUGCUCAAAAACUAUCUGGCUUGCCAGAAAAACAAGUUUUUGGAUCGGGAACUUUUUUGGAUUCUGCCAGAUUAAGACUUAAGUUGGCUUCAGUGCUCGGGGUCGCAGAGAACGCAAUUCACAGCUAUGUUUUAGGCGAACAUGGCGAUUCACAAAUAAUUGCAUGGUCUUCUGCACAAGUUGGAGGUAAACCUUUAUUGGACUUUCCCGAAGUUCAAAAUUUAGAUAAAGAGGUUGUUGCUAAAGAAAUUGCGAGUAAAGCCUACAAAAUUAUCGAGCUUAAAGGUGCGACAUAUUUCGGAAUUGCUGGAUGUGUGUCCAUGUUGGUUCAGUGUAUUGUAUUGAAUCAGAAACAUAUAAGACCGUUAAGUACAUACAUUAAAGAAUACGACUGUGUAUUUAGUAUGCCAGUUGUAUUGGGAAGCCAAGGUGUUGAAAGAGUAAUUGAUAUUUCAUUAACUGAAGAAGAAAAGAAUAAAUUGAGAUGUUCUGCCUCGACUUUGAAAUCAAUUUGUGCUAAUCGAGAACAACCUUUAGAAAUGGGAAAACACACAUUUCCCGUUCUUUCUCAACAAUUCUUGGUUGACGAUAAAUAUCAAUUUGUUCGAGAACUAGGUCAAGGAGCGUAUGGUGUUGUUUGUGCUGCACGUAAUACAAUUACUGGUGAAGGUGUUGCAAUCAAAAAGGUUACCAAUGUUUUCAGUAAAACCAUCUUAACAAAGCGUGCUCUUCGUGAAGUGAAGUUGUUACAACACUUUAGAGGCCAUAAAAAUAUCACAUGUCUGUAUGAUAUGGAUAUAAUUAAUCCUCAAGAUUUUAAUGAAAUAUAUCUAUACGAAGAAUUAAUGGAGGCUGAUCUUCAUGCUAUUAUCCGUUCUGGCCAACCACUUACGGAUGCUCAUUAUCAAAGCUUUACUUAUCAGAUAUUGUGUGGAUUAAAGUAUAUCCAUUCAGCAAAUGUAUUACAUAGAGAUUUGAAACCUGAAGAUCCUGCUGCAAAUUCUGGGUUCAUGACAGAAUACGUUGCCACAAGGUGGUAUAGAGCUCCUGAAAUCAUGCUCAGCUUUCAAAGUUACACCAAAGCUAUUGAUCUAUGGUCUGUAGGAUGUAUCUUGGCCGAAUUAUUAGGCGGAAGGCCAAUAUUCAAAGGAAGAGAUUAUGUCGAUCAAUUAAAUCAAAUCCUUCAAACUUUGGGAACUCCCAGUGAUCUUACCCUAUCAAGAAUAGGGAGUACAAGGGCACAAGAAUAUAUUCGUAAUUUGCCUCGUAUGCAAAAAAGACCAUUUUCUAAAAUAUUUCCUAAUGCAAAUACUUUAGCAAUUGAUUUAUUAGAACGUCUAUUGACAUUUGAUCCUGCUCAACGUAUAACUGUCGAAGAAGCAUUAGAACAUCCUUAUUUAGCAGUAUGGCACGAACCUAACGAUGAGUCUGUAUGUCCUGAGCCCUUUGAUUUCUCUUCAUUUGAAUCGAUUGAUGAUCCUCAGCAAAUGAAAGCAAUUAUUGUUAAGGAAGUAGCCAAUUUCCGUGCUUCAGUACGACGUCAUCAUGUACCCCAUCUUAAUCUUGCAAAUAGACAAAACAGUUCAGCUAGCUUAACCAAAAUUCCUGACCGUGAUACUAUUCUAAAUUCGCCCACUGCAGUUCGUGGCGAUGUUGACGCGCUUGUUGCUCAUUAUGUUCCACCGGGUCUUCAUAAAGGUAUUGGCAUGAGCGAAGAUCUUGAACGAGACUUAAGUGGUGCAGGUGCUAUGGAUAUUAUGUGA